AUGAAUCGUGUGCUGUUUUUUCUUCUCUUGGUGCUGAGCGUUGCUUGUGUGGGUGCUUUUGCUGGUGUGGAGGCUACAGAUGGGGCCGCUGGAGAACUUGAUCCCUUAAGGCCUCCUGCUGGUGUUGGUGCUGGUGGUGAUGAAGCUUGUCCUUCAGAGACGACGGGUCCAGAGUGUAAGAAUAACACUAGUGGACCUGAAGAUGCUCCUCCUAAUGAUUGUACGGAAGUUACAGGGACAGGCAAAUGCGCAACUACGGGUAGUGUCACUCAAAAGAAUUGUACUCCUAGUACUAAGUCUACUUGUCCGAAGGAACCAGCUCCAACUACACCAAAGGAACCGGCACCAACUUCACCGAAACCGCCUGUUCUUAAUGUAAAGGGUUCUACUGAGGAAGUUGGGACAGGUACAGUAGCUGGUGAUCCUGCUUCAACCACUUCUAUUAACGACGGCAGUCAAGUUACGAACCGUGAUCAAGACGGAGCUGAUCUCGCUGCUUCUGCUUCUUCUCCUGCCGCUCCUGCAGCUGCUGAAGAGAGUGGUGGUUCCUCCGUCGGUGAAGGUCAAGAUGAAAGCAGCAACAAUACAGCUGGUGGAACUCCACAAAACAAGGAGAGUGCAGGACAACAGCCUUCUACUACCUCUUCUACCAAUACAGUCACAGAGAGUGUUGGUAGCUCUGACACUUCAGCUGAGAACAGCAGUACAUCUGAAAGGAGUGAGUCAACAAGAAACCAAGAAGGUGAUGUAGGUAAUACAGAUACACCAAGUACCACCACCACCACCACAACCACAACAACACUUCCUCCUGAGACUGCAAACAACAAGAAGGUUGAUGCAGACAGCAGCAGCAGUAUUUGCAGUUCUCUGUGGGUGCGUGUACCACUACUGAUUGUGGUUACACUGGCCUGUAUUCUUGUGUGCUGA